GAAGCUCAAUAGCCUAGAGCGGAAUUCGCCGCUUUCCCCAAACGACGCUUGGAUUUCCGCCCUCAAUUCAUCGAACCUCGACAACUCUACCAUUGACUGUGGCCCAGAACAUCGCGUGUCUCACUUAACUCACUACCAUAAUAUCUGCGUUACAAAACAGUCAAUAUGCAUCCUCAUCUCCAUACAGAGGACAAUAGGGCCUGCGAAGAUGUCAUGAACAUGCUCGACGAAUGCCAUUCUCGUGGAUUUUUGUACAAGGCGGUUGGAAUGUGCAAUGGUGUUAAGAGGGACGUAACUCUUUGCCUGCGCGCUCAGCGUGUGGAGCGGACGGCGGCGAAUCGAGAGAAGGCGAGGAUAAAGCGAGAGCAGAUCAAGGCCAUAUGGGCGAAGAUUGACGAGGAGUCAUAAGAACUACGGACGGGUCAUUGGCAUUGGUGGGAGGAAUGGAGGGCGAGAAGGGAGACUAUGAUACGAAUACAUUGGGCGGAGUUUGGAAGUCUCAUUAGGCGUUAAAGGAAACGUCCAAGCAGCGAUGGGAUUUGCCAGACUAUUAGGAUGCAUGCAAAGAGCAGUCUCGACUCAGCGUGCGAGGCACUGUACAGUACAAAAGAAUAACAACUCCUUCAAUUGAAUACACAUGUUUCAACCUAGGUGCUUCUCCAGCUACAACCUAUUCUUAUACGCAGUGCCGUACGUAAACAGUCCGUACAGAGCAAGGAGACUCAAACCAAUUGGAAGCCCCUUCUGAGUCUUAAUAGCGCGAGGAAUGGAUGAGCCAGCAAGCACCAAGGAGGCAAGGAGGGCGAGCUCGAGCCCAUAUUGCUGGUUUGUGGCAAUGCGGUAGCCGCCUAGGGCGUACUAUGAACGGUUAAUUUAAUCUCAUGCAGCAUGGAAUCAUUCAUACCAGAGCACCAACAGCAGUUCCAGCGAUAACAGAUGGCAACGAUCCGGUGCGAAUGUAUCCGGUGAUGCCGCCACCUGCUGUGAGAGCCGCAAGCACAUAAGCGGGGACUUCGUUGACCUAGCAUGGGUAAGUCAAGAGUAUAUAAUUCACAUAAUUUUCCCUACCAUUUUUGCUGCGUAUAUGUUUAGAUACUAUGUUUCAGAGCAAUCGAAAAAGGUUUUCUAGACUUAAUUGUUCGUCG